AUGUCCACACAGCAGUUCCAGUAUCCUAAAUCUUACUACCAGCUGGAGCCUUACCCUUCCCAGCAACACAUGAACGGAAGCGGAACCCAAGGUCUGAACCAGACCCAACAGCCGGGCCAGUCUCAAGGCCAGCCCAUGUCUCAACUGCAGUUGCUUUCCCAGUACCAGCAGCACCCCUAUGGCCUGUACUACAACCCAGGCCAGAUGCCCAUGCAGCAGAUACAGCAGCCUCAACAGCAGUACCAGCAGUACCAGCAGCAGCAGCAGUCUCAGCAGCACCAGGGCACCCAGGGCACCGACUACCUGUCCCACUACCCAGGCUACCUGAGCUCCCUGGCUCCUUACAACCAGUAUCCUGUUUACCAGCAGGGCCAGCAGCAUCCCCAGGGUCAGGUGUACGCUCCCAACCAGUCUGCCCAGCAGGCGCCUUCUGGUUCUGCCAGUUCCACCGCUCCUUCUGUGCAACUGGGCCAGCCUCAGCCCGGUUCGGUCUCGGCCACCACCGCAGGCGGCCCAGCGUCUACUAAAGGCCUGGUGUCGUCUGACUCUUUGGGAGGAAACGCCAAUUCUGCCGUUGGCCAGUACCAGCCUCCAGGCAUUCGUCCUCGUGUCACCACCACCAUGUGGGAGGAUGAAAAAACCUUGUGCUACCAGGUGGACGCCAACAACGUCUCCGUGGUUCGUCGUGCCGACAACAACAUGAUCAACGGCACCAAGCUCUUGAACGUGGCCCAGAUGACGCGUGGUCGCCGUGACGGUAUCUUGAAGCUGGAGAAGGUUAGGCAUGUUGUCAAGAUCGGAUCGAUGCACUUGAAAGGUGUGUGGAUUCCGUUCGAGAGAGCCUUGGCCAUGGCUCAGCGUGAAGGUAUCGUCGACUUGUUGUACCCAUUGUUUGUCAGGGACAUCAAGAGAGUGAUCCAGACCGGCGUCACCCCAGCAGCCCUGGGCACCUCCAACUCGGGCGCCACCUCCAACGCCAAAAACACCCCUCUUGUUGCCAACUCCAACUCCACUUACCCUUCGGGCUCCGCCUCCACCGCCGCAGCCUCCUCCAACCCUAAUGUGGGCUACUACUCCCAGUAUCCAUCGCAGUACCCACCUGCGGGAGGUGCUGCCGGCUCUGGUUCUGCUGCUGCCUCCUCCUUGGGCGAGUCCUCCUCUGCUGCUCCCCAGCAACAGGGCCAGCAGGUUGGCCAGCAGCUGAUGUACCCAUACUCGCAGCCCUACUUCAACCAGUACUACUCGUACGGCCAGGGCUCUGGAUCUGGCGGCGCCGGCUCCUCGGGCUACUCGUCCUACUCUGCACCAAUGUAUUCUGCCUACGGCUACAACCAGGUUCCAGGACAACAGCACCAGGGGGUUCCUUACCAGGGCCAGCAGGUUCACCAGCACGCUCAGUCGCAAGCUCAACAGCUGCAACCACUGGGCCAAGCAGGGUCGCCUGACGAUAAAAAGGCUGAUUUGAAGAACGACGCCAAGAAGUGA